GAGCGCGAGCCGGAGCGGAGCAGCCAGCGAGGGGCACCGGCGCCGCGUCCCCCUGAGCCCAGCGUGGGCAGCCAGCGGCAGCUCGUCCCCCUGCGCCGGCCGGGGAGAGGCGCGGGCGCCAUGGGGUCCCCCAGCCUCAGCCGCUCCUCGCAGUCCCUGCACCGGCUGUAAGGCGGCGGCGGCGGCGCGGCGCCCUCCCCUGCACCCUCCCCCAGGGCCGGGGGGCCAUGGCCAGCGGAGCUCCGUGAGCCCUGGGACUCUCGGGCGCUUCUGGAAGCAGGGAGCGGCAUUGAUGUGUGAGCCCCACAAAUGGCUCUCGGUGAGGAGGGGCCCGAUCAGAGGUGUGAGCAUCCCGGGCAGCUGGGGGACCUGUUUGCCGCCUCUCUGCCUUGGGCAGCUGGCAGAGCCCUAGGAUCCCCUGGUCGGCGGAGCUCCCAGCCACCUACCAGCCAAGGGGCCAUCUCCAGGGCUGUCAUGCUGAUUGGGGUGAUCCUAGCCCUUUUCCAGAGUGUCCAGGCUGAACAGGGUACCAAGCAACACCAAACAAAUGUUGCCCCCUCUACAGAGUCUCUUGCUAACUGGAGAUCUAUAUUUUCACCAACAUGGCCUUCAACAGAAAUUAAGUCUUCCUCAAUGGCUGACAUGUCAAUGAGACAAACAUUGGAGAAUGCAAACUUGCUUCAGAUAAUAAAAACAACACUGACUGGCGCCAGAACUAUGGAUCAAACUAAUUUUUCACCCACCCUUUACCAAGGCAGUGGAAAUAGUGCAUCCCAGGAGCCUUCCGAAGUUUCAGCUGAAUCACCAGUGAGGUCAUCAUCUCAAGAUGUAGAUGAAACAGCUAUUGUAUCAGGUUUGCCUCAAAUCAAUAUGUUUGCCACAUUGUCCACAAAGCCAUCAAUGACACAUUCAAGUACUGCUGUGCCAUCUCAGCUAACAUCAUUAGCAACACCCUCCAUUUCAAAAGAAAGCACAUCAGGAUCAGACAUGCUUGCAAUUGUUCCAUCACCAUCAUUUUCUUCAUUGGUAAUACAAUCACCUCAUACCAUUAUCUUUUCUAAGUUGACUGUACUACCCACCAAAGUGCCUUUAUCCACAGAUACUGAAAGUUCCUUCCACAUAGAUUCAACUGACUCUCAUUUUAGUGCAAGCAGAGAUAAUCCACCAAGCACAGUCACUGCUAUAAAUUCCAGUAUAGUGAAUCACACAUUAUCCAGAAGGGGUCCCAAAGAGGUCACAGGUACCACAUCACUUAAUAGCUUUGGAUCAACAAUGAUACAUUCCACAAAGACAAUGGGAAGAGUGUCACCCUCAGAAAGUACGUCCCUACUAUCUGCACACUCUCCUACUUCUCUGUCAGUAAUAUCCUCUCAGUCUUUCCUACCAAUAGCUUCUGAAACGGUGUCAUGGCUUCCUACUGAAAGAACUUCAUUGUCUCACUCAACAGAUAACGUGUCUUCUUCUGGAGCAAUACCCACCAAUCUGCCAUUCAAGGCAGUGGUGACUGACAGAGAGAAUGUCGUCAGCCCAGCUGCAUCAUCACCAGCUUUUAAUAGUAAAUCAGAGAUUCCAAUGGUUAGUACUUCAUUCUUUCAUACCGUGGGCACUAUAUCUGCAUUACCAAAAGUGACAAGUCAUCAGUCUUCCACAUCAACUAAUGACAUGUCGGGUUCUACCAAGGCAAUAUUUUUAUCACCAGCUUCUAAUAGCCCAAUGGGAGUCUCCCAUUCAACAGAAAAUACUUCCUUUACUGUGCCAAGAACAUUUAUUCCAGAUGCAAUAAGCACUAGCAAUGCAGUAGUUCCACCACCAGCACCUACAAGUAUAUCAGACUUUCUUUUCAGAAAAACCACGCUUCCUUAUUCAACAGAUAAAGAAUCUUCCUUAAUAACUGUGACAAAUCAUACUUUUAAUAUUAUAGCACAUACUAGCAAUGCAACAAACUCAACACCAGCCUAUGAGAACACUUCUACAUUCCCUCUAAUAAAUAUUUCGUCCCUUCCCUCAACAGUGUCAAUCAGUCACAUUUUUGGAAAAGAGGCAAUUGAUACAGUUUAUGAAGCCAACACAGUGAUAUUAUCAAGUGAUUUUGAACAUACUUUGCAACCUUUUGAUGGCUCUUCAGUUAGAGAGGCAUCCCAUCAGUCUUUCGAAACAGGUAGUACAGCCAAAGUGUACACUAACAUACACGCUAACAAUGUCCUUUCUUAUGGAUCUCAACGUUCCAGAGUUUCUCCAGAAACUCGAGCCAGAAAACACACAACAGGAACAAUGCUGCGUGAAAGUAUUUUGAAAACAGAAAUCAUCGGUUCUGUUACUACAUCUGCAGUAUCAUUACCCACUCCCAAUACAGGCCUUUCAAAAUCUGUGUUCACUAUUAAAGAUACACCUGCUAUUCAUAAUUCUACAACUUCACAGCUUUCAGCUAUUAAUGGAGAAAGUCCAACUGUAGACUUAACAGAAAAUGAAGAAACAAAUACAGGAGCAUUCACCAUUGUCACUCCACAUAUAGAAUAUGCCCCUCUACCAGCUUUAAAUAAACCUGAUUUUUCCACUGAUCAAGUUUCAAUCACAGAUGAUACAAAACCAUGGACCACUAUUGUGCCUUCAGAAUUAUAUGCAUUUCCAUCAUUUGUUCCAGCAACAGAAGCCCCAUACAGCCCAGCAUCAGCUUUCUCUAGUAUUUCAAAUGCUGCCUCUGAAAGCAGUUUAGAUACUACAAAGAUACCUAUAAUUACUGCUUCAGCUUCUGAAUGGAGUACUACGGCCGAGCUUACUUCAGCUGGUGUUAGAGUUCUGUCAGUAAAAGAAACAACCAACAUUCCAAUAAUAGAAGUUUCUCCAAGCACUUCUUCAUUAGAAACUGGGUAUCACACCCCAUAUUCAACAAUUUCAGGUCUGCAACCGCAAAUAAAUGAUGUUACAAACAAACAAACUGCUUCUAUCUCUGUAACUUUAGAAACAUCUACAUCUGCAACAUCUAAUCAAAAUGUUUCAGCUUCACCUUUGACUGAAAUUAAGUCUCCUAAUUUCACACAAUUUAACAUACGUUCAUCUGCCCUGGAAAUGUCUAGUGUUCAGUAUUCGUCCCAUGCUACCACUACAGCACUACCUGCAGCACAGUCAAAAAAAGAUACUGACACAAUUCAAAAUGUUACUGAAUUCUUCACUCUCAGGGACACUAACUUCACUGAAAACUUUGAAAUAUCCCCCCAUCUGUAUUUGCCUACAGUGAAGGAUUUUGCAGCUGAUGAUACAAGUACUGCUUCUAGCACUCUGACAUCUCAGACAACCCAUGGUGAAAAUGUCUCUUCAUCAACAAAAGCCUUAUACACAACACAAUCUGAGAUACCAUUGGCUUCUCAAUUCACUGACAAUUUGAUUGCCUCAGCUAAUAAUGAAAUUAGUUCUAUCAGUGGUACACAACCAACAAUUUCUUCCUUUCCAGUAGCCAAACAAUCUUCAAGUUCAACACCGAUAUCUAUUCUAACUACAAAAAAAUACAUGACUUCUGGAAAUUUGAUGGACUUUACAAACAGCUCUGUUUCAGAACCACCUAGUCACUUGACUAGCGUUAUUCAAAAACAAGCUACGUUUAGUACAGAGACGUGGCACGCAAAUGGUACAGGUGAUAUUCUAAUUACAGUUGCUGUACCUAAUGAAUCUACCAAUGGCACCCCAUCGCAAACACAUACCACCAAUGCAUUGCAGUCGGUCAUCAUAACUUCUGUCCAUGCAUCACCAACACAAAUAACCUCUGCUUUUUUGCCAACAACCAACUUUACCCAUUCUGUCAUUACAGUGCUACCUUCAGUGUCGGCGGGUGCAAUACCUACAGUAGCAACUACAGAAGCAAAAUCAGUAACAGGAAAAUCUGCGCCAACUUCGUCCUUUUUUUCUCUAGGCACUGAAAAUGCACCCUUGCUGUCUGUGACAGCAUUAAGCACAUUGAUAUCAACACUAGCAAAAAAUAACAGUGCCUCAAAAAUGACAUCGACAGUACCAGCACAUACAAACUUUCCGUUUGCACCAAGACACACACCUACAUCACCACCCCACACCACUGUUAUGUUUCUAACCAAUAAAGUUAGCACAGUCACAGCUUCCACACUGACAUCCACAACACACACACAAAGACAGAUAGAAACCACAGUACCUGACACCAAGAAAUUCACAAGCUCAGAAAUCACCAAAACAUCAACUGCAUAUCCACUGACAAUUACAGCAGCUUUGACAUCUAUUACAGCAUCAGCGAAAACAACUAGGCUCCCCCCUGCUCCAGUGGAAAACAAUUCUGCUGCUCCUACAACUGCAAUUGCAACUUUCGCUAAUGUGACAACAGUUCCCCCUCCGGAAUGCCAGCUGUCCAGUAACCUUAUGGUUAAAUCAGUUCUGUUCCUGAACACAAGAAGGCUGCUGAUCAGCAAUUCCUUAAAAGAGAAUGUGACAAAAGGACUCACCCAAGCAUUGAGACAAGCUUUCAACCAAAAUGUCAACGCUCAAGUUGAAAUUCUGGAACAAUCAAACAAUGUGACAGUUGGUUACUACGUUACGAAGGGGAGGUUGGUUUUUAUACCUGCUGUUGUUAUUGAAAUGCUCAUUGCUUAUGGUAUUAGCAACACCACAGCGGACAUAAAGCAGCAUGUGCCAAAUCUUCAGUCUGUUGCUGUAUUGGCCUUACCAUGGAAUUCAUUACCUGCAUACCAUUUCCAGCUAAAAACAGAGCUGCAGUUUGUUGGUCAAGCAGACAACAUACAGUCAUGCAAGUUUGUUCAGACCAUGGAGCAACGAUUACGAAAAGCAUUCGAGGAUGCUGAAAGAAAGGUCUUAAACACUAGCAACAACUUAACAGUUCAGAUUUUGAACACAUCAAAUGUCUCCCAAGCUGUCACUUUGUUUUAUGUGGUGAGCAAUCAAAGUACAGCCCUAAAUGGCACCAUCUCCAGCUACCUUCUUAAUCAGCUUUCAGCUGAGCUGGUGGGAUUCUAUCUUACCUACCCGCCACUGACCAUUGCAGAAUCUUUGGAGUAUCCAAACCUCGAUGUCUCAGAAACUACUAGAGACUACUGGGUGAUUACAGUUAUACAAGGGGUCGACAUUACAUUACUGGGACUUAACAACCAAAGCUUUGCAAGACUAAUGGAGCAGCGGCUGGCCCCACUGUUCGUGAUGUCCCAUCAGCAAGGAAGGCGAUUUAAACGCGCUACUACUGUGGGCAGCUACACUGUGCAGAUUGUAAAAAUGCAGCGUAUUCCAGGACCCAAGGAGCCCGCUGAACUGACUUACUAUACAUUAUACAACAGGAAACCUCUGCUGGGAACUGUAGCUGCCAAAAUGUUGAGUACUGUUGAUUCUCAAAGGAUGGCCUUGACGUUAGGUUAUGUCAUCCAAGUACAAGCUGAUCCUGUGGUGAAAAACCCACCAAACAACCUGUGGAUCAUUGCAGCAGUGCUGGCUCCCAUUGCUGUGGUUACGGUUAUCAUCAUCAUCAUCACAGCAGUUCUGUGCAGGAAGAACAAGAAUGAUUUCAAACCAGACACCAUGAUGAACCUGCCUCAGAGAGCUAAACCAGUACAAGGCUUUGACUAUGCCAAGCAGCAUUUAGGUCAGCAGGGAGCUGAAGAUGAGGUUUUACCUGUGACUCAGGAGACUGUAGUGCUACCACUUCCAGUUAGAGAUGCUCCUGCCUCCCAGGAGAGAGAAAUUGCUCAGGAUGGGAGCACCAUUAAAACUGCCAAGUCCAAUGAAACAAGAAAAAGCAGGUCGCCUAGUCAGAAUGGUUCUGUCAUCAGCAACGAAUCAGAAAAGCCCAGUUCAGGCAGAAGCUCUUCACAGAAAGUAAUGGUACAGCAGAAAAUGACAAAAGAUGAGGGAAGAAAGAGAAAUGUACCCCUUAGUGAUGAAGAGGAGGGAGGCAUUCUCUUUGAGAACAUCGCCAAGUCUGCCAUUGAUCCCUUUGACACAUCUUCUGGAUCUGUACAGCUGAUUGCUAUCAAACCUGUAGCAUUGCCUCCCGCUCACCCUGCAUCAGACAGGAGCCAGGAAUCUGCUAUCAUUAAUGGAGAGGUAAACAAAGCCUUGAAGCAGAAGUCCGAUAUAGAGCACUAUCGCAACAAGCUGCGCUUGAAAGCCAAGAGAAAAGGAUACUAUGAUUUCCCCCAGAUUGACAACAACAGAGGACUGACAGAAAGAAAAAAGAUAUACGAGAAAGCACAAAAGGAAAUAGACCAUGUUUUGGAACCAGAGGCAGAUGUAUCUUCUCCAUUUGCAGAGCCUAAGAACAGGCAGCAGACAAAGAACUCUGUGUACAGAAGCAGACAGUCUCUGAACAGCCCUAGCCCAGGAGAAACCGAGAUGGAUCUUCUAGUUACCCGGGAGAGACCAAGGCGUGGGAUCCGCAACAGUGGAUAUGAUACAGAACCUGAAAUGAUAGAAGAAACAAAUGUUGACCGUGUCAAUGAACCUCAAAGUUAUACCAGAUCCCGUCAGGCUAAAGGCCAUUCUGAGACAUCAACUUUAAGUUCUCAGCCUUCCAUUGAUGAAGUUAGACAACAGAUGCAUAUGCUAUUGGAAGAGGCAUUUAGUCUGGCAUCUGCAGGCCAUGGAGGGCAGAACAGACAAGAUGCUCACAGUUCAGCACAACACUUACCAUACUCUGAAGUGGUGACCAGUGCUCCUGGUACCAUGACCCGACCCAGAGGGGGAGUACAGUGGGUGCCAACAUAUAGACCAGAAAUGUAUCAGUAUAGCUUACCAAGACCAGCGUAUAGGUUUUCUCAGCUUCCUGAAAUGGUAAUGGGCUCUCCCCCGCCCCCGGUUCCUCCCAGAACAGGUCCUGUGGCUGUGGCAUCUCUCAGGAGGUCGACAUCAGAUAUUGGCAGCAAGACAAGAAUAUCUGAAUCCAGUGGGACAGAGCAGGCCCAACAGCAUGAUCCUGCAUCCUUUGCCCCAGGUUCAAGAGCUCCAGUAUCUGUGGGUCCAUUGGAUCAGUCAGCAUUGAACUACUCAGGAAACACAGUACCAGCAGUGUUUGCCAUACCAGCAGCAAACCGACCUGGAUUCACAGGCUAUUUCAUCCCAACACCACCCACAGCAUACAGGAACCAAGCCUGGAUGCCCUAUGCUGGAGAUAAUGAAUUACCAGGGCAAUGGGCAGACUCGGUUCCACUCCCUGGUUACAUAGAGGCUUAUCCACGAUCACGCUACCAACAUAACUCUCCUUCAAGACUUCCCCGCCAGUACAGUCAGCCAGCAAACAUGCAUCCUAGUCUGGAACAGGCUCCGUUGCCUUCUACUGCAGCUUCUCAGCAUAGCCUCUCAGAAAAUGACCCUUCUGACACACCUCUUACCAACAUUUCUACAGCUGCUCUAGUGAAGGCAAUAAGAGAGGAGGUUGCUAAACUGGCCAAGAAACAAACAGACAUGUUUGAGUUCCAGGUCUAAUACCUUUGUGCACAGUGUUUGUAUCACAUACCUUGUUGUAGCCAAGGAAGUAAGUCUUAAUUUUCAGUUAAAAACUUGCUCCAACUUGUGCCAAAGUGAUGGCAUUUUUCUCCUGAAAGAUUAACACUAGGUUAUUGGGCAAUGGAAUGAAAUAGAACAAGAGGACUUGAAGAUACAGACUCUGUUUGCUGGAUAAGGAGAUGCUGCCAGGCAACUCUUUAAUACUGAUAAGUUCUAUUUAUGAUAUGCAAUUGUUUGUCACUUAGCUCUUGUCCUAUGAGCCCUUUGUCACUAGGAUGCUAUUAAACAUAUGUCUGUGUAAUACUACAGUCUAUUAAGAAUCAGGGGCACAAAAGUAGAACUGUCUAAAAUAACUUCUGCAUGUCAAUUUUAUUUCUGUGAUUAAAGAAGAAAAUACAGUAGUACUGAGUAAACUAAAGGCCAUAAAUCUUCUAUGGUAGAGAUCAUAUUAAUAGUUCAUUACAAAAUAAUCAGGGCUGAAUGCAGUAAAGCAAUGUCAGUCCUUUCCUUCUAGAAACCACAUUCAAACCACAAGAAUUUGAUGUGAAUAAGUAAUAUAAACAAUGUACCCUGUAAAUAGUCCCAGCUCUCAUCCUAUUGAGAUUACAAAGGCCAGAAAGAAGAGAAGACUGUGAAGAGAGUUAAUUGUAUUGGGGUAAUUGGUGGCUUCGGUGUUCACUAAUGCCACUGUUGAGUUACAGAGAAUGUGUUUGCAAUAUUAAGAGAGCCUGUGCUGCACGAUGGGAAGGAAGAUUAACAAAGGAGGUGGGUGCUAAAAGCUUUCAGAAACCCACAAAUGAAAAAUGGUUAUUUGAGUUUUGUCCUACAUUCAAGAGGUAUUCAUUCUGAAUGCAUUGUGAAGCUGGUAAAUUUGAGAACCUUGAGCAAAUCUAUCCAGCCUGGAAUAAUGAAUACACCUGCUUUGACAAGAAGACCUCUAUUUAACAUAGUGCUUUGUACUCUUUCUUGAACAAUGACAUCUAGUAAAGUGAUGCCAGAGAAUGCUACCUGAAGCUGUGAUUGACUUUGAUUACACUGGAGCAAUGAAUACACGAACUCUAGAAUUCUCAGUCUCUGUAGGAAAUUCUGAAUGUAGAGGACCUGCUGAUUACAUUAAAGUGUAAAUAAGUAAACAAGUAUGUGGAUUUAACAAAAUAUUAUUGUUCUGUGAAAAAGAGGGAUAUUUGCUGAACCUACAAUGACUGUAGACUGCUCAAGAUAAAGGUUAUACUGCACUGUUAUAUGAAUCCGACCUCGUCAAAAACCUAAACAGCUGAAUUUGACAGUAUUCAUCUUUUGCAAUCUCACACAAAAUAGUUAGGAGAUUAUGCAAAAUACUUCCAGUUCCUUCAGUAAUAAUUUAGCUUUGGGAACUGAAGUUGCUUAUGGGAUGCUGUGUUCUGGACAUGUUUGGCUAGUGAAGUUAAAGGUAAUGUUGUUCAUCCUGUUAAUUUAUUCAGCUUCAGAUGCAUAUGCUAUUUUAUCUGGUCAUUCCAUUUUCGUAAUGAGUUUCUUUGGUCUUUACUGAGGUGAGAAUGGGAGCUUGGUUUAGCUUUAUGGCCAUUUGAAAAAAAACUGACUGGACAGGAAAAAGAAAAGAAAAGAUUGGAAUGAGAUGUUGAAAUUGUUGAAGCACAAACUUUUAAAACAGAGCUAUUUUUUCAAAAAAUUAAAAUUAAAAAAACUCAUUCCAGAUAGUGAUGCAUAGCUACCCUGGAAGAAACAGCUGUCUCUUGCUCUAAAGACCUUACCUAUUCAAAGAUUUUGGAAUGCUAGUUGAUCUUUAAACAAAUGUGAAAUUUCAUUUUUGUUACUUAAUUAGAUAUAAAUGAAAUGUAUUUUUGUAAUCUUUAUGUAAAUAUAUGCUGUAUAUUUAUACACGUGACCAAUCUAUUAUGGACAGAAAAUUACCAUAAACCAAUUGCAAAAAAAGGGAAAAAUCUUGAGCAACUUAUUGGUGAAGAUGGAUACCUGAUGCCUAGAGUACACAAAUAGGCAGUUGGAUAACUUGAAUGAACAAAGCACCAAAGAAACUCAGCCUUUCAUAUAAAUAUGAGUCUAAUGAAGACAGACUGGUGUCCCAGUUCCCUAUCAACCAACUAAUACUAAUCUCAUGAGUGUAACACAAUGCAUCCAAAUGUCUUUUUGUGUUAAUUUCUGUCUCCCUGAAAAUAUUGUAUUUGAAAGUGAAGUCUUAUAGAUACUGGGCCAAAUUCUCAUUGGCUUCAGUAGGAACUGCACUCUCAUACACCAGGGCUGAAUGUGUCUGUUAGGCCUUAUUUACACCAAGUUUCACCAGUAUAAUUUUCAUUUAAAUUUUAGCUUAGCAUCCUCCUAGAGAGACAAAACUAUGAUGGCAAAGUUAAAUCAACUCCUCCCCCGACCCCCGCACCUGGGGAAGAAACUGUUAGAUAUCCAAAGUUAAUUCUGUUUGGGAUUGUAUUGAAAAUGUGCUAUCUAUUGAAAAAUUCCCUGGUUUACUUAGAAAAACACUGUGGUGCACUUUAUUCACAGAUGCAUUUUAAUAUCUUCAUUUGUAAUGGCUUUUUAACUUGUUUAUAACAUCAUUUUGCAGUUUUUAAAAGAACUGCAGAAAAAGGUUAUAUGAAGACAGUAAGGACAUUCCUGGAAAGAGAAAUCAUGUUAUAAUUAUGCUCUCUGAGCACAAUACAAUGACACAGUUAAAAUAGAACAGGAGUACUUGUGGCACCUUAGAGACUAACAAAUUUAUU